UUACAGUUCAUUGCCAUGAAAAGGAGGAUAUGAUAGUCUGCCCUAUGAAACAGGUUUAUGUGUGAAAUCUGGCAGGUAGCACAACGACCUGUGGAAUAUGAGUGAUGACAAACCCUUUUUAUGCACUGCCCCUGGAUGUGGCCAGCGUUUUACCAAUGAGGAUCAUUUGGCUGUCCAUAAACAUAAACAUGAGAUGACACUGAAAUUUGGUCCGGCUCGUAAUGAUAGUGUCAUUGUGGCUGAUCAGACACCAACACCAACUCGAUUCUUGAAGAACUGUGAAGAAGUGGGCUUAUUCAAUGAAUUAGCAAGUCCUUUUGAAAAUGAGUUUAAAAAAGCUUCUGAAGAUGACAUUAAGAAAAUGCCUCUAGAUCUGUCUCCUCUUGCAACACCAAUUAUAAGAAAUAAAAUUGAAGAACCUUCCGUUGUAGAGACAACUCAUCAAGAUAGUCCUUUACCUCAUCCCGAGUCUACUACCAAUGAUGAAAAGGAAGUGUCACUGCAGCAGACUGCACAGCCUACAUCAACAAUAGUUCGUCCAGCAUCACUACAGGUUCCUAAUGUGCUACUUACGAGUUCGGACUCGAGUGUUAUUAUUCAGCAGGCAAUACCAUCACCAACGUCUAGUACUGUUAUUACCCAGGCUCCAUCCUCUAACAGACCAAUAGUUCCAGUUCCAGGUCCUUUUCCUCUGCUGUUACAUCUUCCUAAUGGACAAACCAUGCCUGUUGCUAUUCCUGCAUCUAUCACAAAUUCUAAUGUGCAUGUCCCUGCCGCAGUUCCACUUGUUAGACCUGUCACCAUGGUGCCUAGUAUCCCAGGAAUCCCAGGGCCUUCCUCCCCACAGCCAGUGCAGUCUGAGGCUAAAUUGAGAUUGAAAGCAGCGUUGACCCAGCAGCACCCUCAGGUAACAAAUGGAGAUACUGCCAAGGGACAUCCAAGUGGGUUGGCUAGGACUCAGUCAGAGGAACCACGACCACAGUCGCUACAACAACCUGCAACUUCAACAACUGAAACACCGGCAUCACCAGCUCAGCCUACGCCACAAACACCAAAUACAGGUGGUCGGCGAAGAAGAGCUGCCAAUGAAGACCCUGACGAGAAAAGAAGAAAGUUCCUGGAGCGAAACCGAGCUGCUGCUUCCAGGUGCCGACAGAAACGGAAAGUCUGGGUGCAGUCACUGGAGAAAAAAGCUGAGGACCUGAGCUCCCUAAAUGGCCAGUUACAGAAUGAAGUCACCCUGCUGAGAAAUGAAGUGGCACAGCUGAAACAGCUUCUUCUGGCUCAUAAAGAUUGCCCUGUAACCGCCAUGCAGAAGAAAUCUGGCUAUCAUAGUGAGUAAUGUUCCAUUACCUAUAGCCUUAGGCUGCAUCAGUGAAAUACUGCCAAAGUGAACUGAAUGAACAUUAAAAUUGAGGAGUGCAGUUCUAGUAUUACAUUAAAGAUUUUUUAAAAAAUUUCGAAGGUUGUUGUAAGACAAGAAUGAAUGUGAUAUUUAGAAAUAUAUUUUUAAGCCCUUUCAGUUAAAUGUUGCAUAACGUUGAAGGUUUUAUGUUGGUUUAAUAAAUGCAUAUGAUAAUUAGCAUUUAAGGACUAUCAGUUACUACACCUGCUUUGGA